GACAAGCCCAACUUGUGCAUUGCAAACUCACCGCCGCGUGAAAUACCUACACGGCGCGUAGAAUCUGCAGAGAAGUUCGAGACAAGAUGGCGGGCUUUGGAAGAUCAAACUCGCUGAGCAUAAACACCGGUGGUGGUAGUGGUGGACUAUUUGGCAACAAUAAUGCGACUCAAAAUCAGCAAGGGAACCAGCCCCAGAGCAGUGGUGGCCUCUUCGGAUCGACCCAACAGACCCAACAGCCACAGUCGGGAUCACUAUUCGGUGGUCAGAACCAGACGUCGCAACCUUCAGGCGGUCUAUCUGGCAAUAAGCCCGCGACUACAGCGCCCGCAACCGGAGGGCUCUUUGGAUCAUCGACGGCGCAAUCAUCGCAACCCCAAAGCGGAGGUCUGUUUGGCGGCGCAUUAGGAGGGAACACGCAGAACCAGACUCAGAAUACCACUCAGUCGGGAGGUCUUUUUGGCGGUACCCAGGCUAAGCCCUCGUUAUUCGGCUCGUCAACACAACAGACGACAACAGCGACCCCAUCUUUAUUCGGCAACACGACUUCCAAUCAGCAAAAUAAUCAGCAAAACCAAACCUCGGUGCCUUCGCUAUUCGGUUCGACGCAACAACAAUCUCAACCACAGCAGCAGCAAAACAGUCUGUUUGGUGGCAUGAACACACAGAACCGGCCGGGGGCACUGGGUGGCUCUACAUUGGGAGGAAACCAGACGAAUGCAAGUGCACAGCCAGUUCAGAUCACCUUGGACUCGAUACGGGGAACAACGCGCUUCAACGAUCUCCAUCCCGAGCUGCAAACUUUGAUCCAGCAAUUUGACGAUGGCAUACAGCGAAAGAUCAACUUCUGCAGCCAGAUCCGCGAGACAAUGCCCAAGACCGAAGCUGACAUUGCUACUAUUGCCCCGGAUGUGGCAUACAUCGAGACCAAACUUUCGACAGUCGAAGUAGGCCUAGAUAACGAUUCCGCGAAUAUUGCCUACCUCAAGGAUCUCGUCAAGAAGGAUGCGGAAGACGCGACACUCAGCUUCCGUGCUAUCGAAAACCAGCGACUACCAGCUCAAUUCCAUUACCGUAAUAACACGAACCUCACAGCCUCAAGCGCAAAGACACCGGCCACCAGCGCUCUCGACGACGAUGACCCGACCAAACCAGUCGACCUCAUGGGCUAUUUCAACCGCCGCACAGACGAGCUUGGCCGCACACUAGAUGUGUACCAGCGCCAAAUUCGCGAAAUCGAGGCACAUCUUCGGACGAUGGAGGCUGGCACUCUGGAGAAGGCUCAGCAGUUGACUGGCAGCCGAAGUGCGCCGCGUGAUCAGCGACGCGAGUUGGUCGAGGCUCUCAAAGCAAUUGAGGGAGCCAUUCUGGACUCGGCCAAGAAGGUGGGACAGGUUAGAGAUGAUGUGACAAAGCAGACAUUGGGAAGCGUUGGAGCUGCUCUUCUCUGAGCAGUCAAGCACACAUCACACUAUUUCGGUGUAGGGAAUUGUUUGUACGAACAAAGGUCCCAGGCGUAAUGAUUAAUCAGCUCAAGUGUUUUCGCAACAUGGCCAUGUAGAGAACUUUUUUGAUAGAACUUGCGAAAGAAAAAGCGUUAGAUACCCGAGAGACAGAAAUAGUUCGAAACAGUAACUAAUCGCAUUUCCAAGUUUUACAAA